AUGAUUGCAACUACUUUUGUGCCUGUCGUGUUUCUGGUGGUCUCGGCGGCCGGCGCUGCAACUCAGAAUGGAGUAUUUGAACUUCCAAUUGGCUUUGGUCAGGGCAGACAUGACGAUCAAUAUGCCACCGUUGAUGGGAUCUUUGACGGCCAAACUAUGCCUUUGCUGCUCGAUACUGGCUCCUCCGACACUUUUAUCGCAUCCGAUAAAUGUACCGUCUGUGAUGCAUACAAUACAUUCGAGAUCAAGCCAACCACAAAUAUUUCAGACAAAGAAUUCGGGACGACUGUUGGCGAAGGGUCCGUCUCUGGACCGAUGGCGUUUCUUGAUACGAAUCUAGGAGGACUUGUGCUACCCCAACAGCCCAUUGGAUUGGUGAACUAUUCGAUUUCUCAUCAAUAUCAAAACCGUUCAUUCAGUGGUUUGCUCGGGCUUGCUCAACUUAACAUCAGUCGCUUGUGGUACUUUGACCAAGAAUAUCCUAUUCUUACGACGGCAAUCCAGAAAAGCAAGUUACGAAACCCCAGGGUCGGGCUAUCACUUCCGCGCUGGGGAGACUCGUCUCGCCAAACUGGCAAACUUACUCUGGGCAAGUCAGAACUAUUUAUCUGUAAAGGUUCAAUAAUUAAUCACCUGGUUUUUGGUGCAGGUGGCAUCGAUCCAGAUAUUCCCACAGAAUCAAUUCACUAUUUCGACACUGUCAACGUCACCAAUUAUAACUACGAAGGCCUCCCUCUCACUCGUCAAUUUUGGAACGCUAACAUCACCUCGCUCCGUUUCAAUGGGCAAGAUAUCCCACUUUUCGGUUCCCUGACAGAAGGACUGUCCAUCGGACUGUUGGAUACUGGUGCGAGUGAUGUCAUGUGUCGCCCUGGCUCUCUCGACGCAAUUGUCGCUGCAAUCAACGGAACCAAGCACAGCAACGGGCAUGAUAUCUUUAUUGAAUGCGAUAAGCCUCAGAUCAUGGAAUUCCAAUUCGGGGAUAAGUGGUACCCCAUCAAUCCUAUUGAUCUCAUUACGCCUGGUGUCACCGCAGACUAUAAUGGAACAACCUUCUGUCGUGCAUCUCUUGGGUCCUGGAGCCGUACUGGCGGGGACUGCAUUAUUGGCCUUCCUUUCUUCCGUAACGUCUAUGCUGUCCUUGACUAUGUAGACUCUAACUUCCAGCCCCAACCGCGAGUUGGAUUGGCGUCAACUACCAACCUCGAGCAAGCAUUGAAAGAAUUCCCCAGCAAGUGGCAAACUAGAAUGGCUUAA